CACCACUCUCUCACCAGUACCAUCUCUCCAACGGUUCACACACAAGCCAGCAAACAUGGCGGUUGGAAAGAACAAGAGACUCUCCAAGGGCAAGAAGGGCCUCAAGAAGAAGACGGUCGACCCCUUCUCCCGAAAGGACUGGUACUCAAUCAAGGCCCCUAACCCUUUCAACGUUCGAGAUGUCGGCAAGACCCUCGUGAACCGAACCACCGGUCUCAAGAACGCCAACGACGCUCUCAAGGGCCGUAUCCUCGAGGUCUCUCUGGCCGAUCUCCAGAAGGAUGAGGACCACUCCUUCCGCAAGGUCCGCCUCCGUGUCGACGAGGUCCAGGGCAAGAACUGCUUGACUGCUUUCCACGGUCUCGACUUCACCUCCGACAAGCUCCGAUCCCUUGUCCGCAAGUGGCAAACUCUGAUUGAGGCCAACGUCACUGUCAAGACUACCGACGACUACCUCAUCCGCCUUUUCGCCAUCGGUUUCACCAAGCGACGAGGAAACCAGGUCAAGAAGACCACCUACGCCGCCUCUUCUCAGAUCCGAGCCAUUCGACGCAAGAUGACCGACAUCAUCCAGCGUGAGGCUUCAAGCUGCACUCUCACCCAGCUUACCUCCAAGCUCAUUCCCGAGGUCAUUGGCCGCGAGAUUGAGAAGUCCACCCAGGGCAUCUACCCUCUCCAGAACGUCCACAUCCGAAAGGUCAAGCUUCUCAAGGCUCCCAAGUUCGACCUUGGUGCCUUGAUGGCUCUGCACGGCGAGUCAGGUACCGACGACCAGGGCCAGAAGGUUGAGCGUGAGUUCAAGGAGCGUGUCCUUGAGGAGGUUUAAAAGGAUUAUUUUGGCAGGUUGGCGCGGGGUAGGCAAUAGGGGCCUCGCGACGAAUAAACUCAUCCCUACCAAUUUUUUUCGGUCGUCCAAAUGGCGUAGCAUCACAAAAGGGAGCUCGGGGAUUUGUUCAUGUUCCUUUGAAUGGUAAAAACAAACGUUCAGUCAACACGCCGAAUGAUUUAUGACAUGUGAUUCGUUACGACUUGGAAUUUUGUGAUUCGGUGCUGGUCGUGAAGGACGUUUUGAGAUGAGAACCGUAGAAGAAAUCCACCUUGAUACCCACGUCACCCAAAUGCUGAUACUAUU